AUGGCCACUGUGAACAACUGGCUGGCCUUCUCCCUCUCCCCUCAGGAGCUCCCGCCGUCUCAGGCGAACUCCGCCCUCAUCUCCGCCGCCACCACCGGCGACGCCUCCGCCGCCGCCGACGUCUGCUUCAACAUCCCCCAAGAUUGGAGCACGAGGGGAUCGGAGCUGUCGGCGCUCGUCGCCGAGCCGAAGCUGGAGGACUUCCUCGGCGGCAUCUCCUUCUCGGAGCAGCACCACGGCAAGGGCGGCGUGAUCCCGAGCAGCGCCGCCGCCUGCUACGCGAACUCCGGCAGCAGCGUCGGGUACCUCUACCCUAGCUCCUCCUCCCUCCAGUUCGCGGACUCCGUCAUGGUGGCCUCCUCGGCCGUCGUCCACGACGGCGUCAGCGGCGGUAUGGUGACCGCCACCAGCAACGGCGGCUCUGGAGGUGGCGCCGCCGCCACCGCCGCCGCCAGUAGCAACGGCGGCAUCGGGCUGUCCAUGAUCAAGAACUGGCUCCGGAGCCAGCCGGCCCCGGCGCCGCAACCGCAGAGGGCGCUCUCGCUGUCCAUGGCGGGAGCGGGACACGCGCAGGGCGGCGCUGGUGGGAUGGCGCUCCUCACCGGCGGCGCCGGAGAGCGAGUCCGGGUGCCCGCCGCGGAAAGCCUAUCCACGUCGGCGCACGGAGCGAUGGCUGGUGCUCGCAAGGAGAGCAACGAGGAAGGUAGCGGCAGCGCCGGCGCCGUGGUCGCCGUCGGCUCGGAGCAGUCCGGCGGCAGCGGCGGCGCCGUAGUGGACGCUGGCGCGGCGGCGGCGGCGAGGAAGUCGGUCGACACGUUCGGGCAGCGGACGUCGAUCUACCGCGGCGUGACCAGGCAUAGAUGGACAGGGAGGUAUGAGGCUCAUCUGUGGGACAACAGCUGCAGAAGAGAAGGGCAAACUCGCAAGGGUCGGCAAGUCUAUCUAGGUGGUUAUGACAAGGAAGAAAAGGCUGCUAGAGCUUAUGAUUUGGCUGCUCUCAAAUACUGGGGCCCGACGACGACGACAAAUUUUCCGGUAAAUAACUACGAAAAGGAGCUGGAGGAGAUGAAGCACAUGACAAGGCAAGAAUUUGUAGCCUCUUUGAGAAGGAAGAGCAGUGGCUUCUCCAGAGGUGCUUCCAUUUACCGUGGAGUAACUAGGCAUCACCAGCAUGGGAGAUGGCAAGCAAGGAUAGGCAGAGUUGCAGGGAACAAGGACCUCUACUUGGGCACCUUCAGCACGCAGGAGGAGGCGGCGGAGGCGUACGACAUCGCGGCGAUCAAGUUCCGGGGGCUCAACGCCGUCACCAACUUCGACAUGAGCCGCUACGACGUCAAGAGCAUCCUCGACAGCAGCGCCCUCCCCGUCGGCAGCGCCGCCAAGCGCCUCAAGGACGCCGAGGCCGCCUCCGCCGCCGCCGUCGUCGGCUACGACAUCGGCCGCAUCGCCUCCCAGCUCGGCGACGGCGCGUACUACCACCACCACCCGGCGGCCUGGCCGACCAUCGCGUUCCAGCCGCCGAUGGGCGCCGCCGCCGCAGGGGGGCUGUACCACCCGUACGCCGCGCAGCCGCUGCGCGGCGGGUGGUGCAAGCCGGAGCAGGACCACGCGGUGAUCGCGGCGGCCCACAGCCUGCAGGAGCUCCACCAGCUCAACCUCGGCGCCGGCGCCGGCGCGCACGACUUCUUCUCGGCGGCCGCGGCGGCGCAGGCGAUGCAGCACGCCGGCGGCGGACACGGUCUCGGCAGCAUCGACAACGCCUCACUCGAGCACAGCACCGGCUCCAACUCCGUCGUGUACAACGGGGACGCCGGCGGCUACAUGAUGCCGAUGAGCGCCGCGUCGGCCGCCGCCACGGUGGUGGUGAGCCACGAUCAGCACGCUGCGCAGGGCGGCCACGGCGACGGCGGAAAGCAUGUGCAGAUGGGGUACGACAACUACCUCGUCGGUGCAGACGCCUACGGCGGCGCCGGGAGGAUGCCUUCUUGGACGACGACGCCGGCCUCCGCGCCGGCCGCCACGAGCAGCAGCGACAUGACCGGAGUCUGCCAUGGUGGCGCACAGCUCUUCAGUGUCUGGAACGACACAUAAAACUAGGUUAGCUUAGCCAGCUUAAAUCAUAGCCUGGUAAAACACUGACAUAAUUAAGCCAUACUUAGGGUUCAUGAGAUGACCAUUAAGCAGGUUGUUAUCAUCAAUUAUAUGCUUUCCUAAUCAGUAGCUCAAAAGGAGGGGAUUUCUUCUGAAGGAUGGUGAUGGCUUGUGAACUUGAACAUGGUGUUCUUGCCAUGAUUCUUCACAAGCUGCCAUUUUGGGGUUCAGUUUCAGAAGGAUCCUGAUUAUUAACCAGCCAUAUAUAUAGGUGGGUAGAAAUGGAGGUAGCCUGCUUGUAAAUUGGGGCAAUGGUAGCUAGAGACUAGAGUGGAUGCAAUGACCAUGCUUCAUGUCAUGAAACUAGUUGUCAUCCUCUGAUCAAAUUAAGCAGGGACAUUAAUUAAGCAAAGUUUAACAAUG